CACGUGUGACGGAACCAUGUACAACGAGUCUACCCACAUGUAUUGACUGCAGUGCUGAAUGUAAUGGCACAAUAUGCGACUGUAAACCCGGAUAUGUUUGGAAUGGCACAAAAUGCCUUGGAACCGACCCAUGUGACCCAUGUGACCUUUCGACACCAUCUUGUGGAACAGGUCUUGUAUGCAAUCCAAGCACAUAUAGGUGUGAAUGUCCCACCGACCAAGUGCAAAUUGGAGGCAAAUGCUAUGGAACACUUAUUGGUGAGCCAUGCACGACAAGCCUUCCUACGUGCAUUGACAAAUUUGCCGGAUGCAAUGGAACAGUAUGUGAUUGCGUAGCUGGAUAUAUCUGGAAUGGUUCUAAAUGCCUUGGAGAAGAUCUGUGCGACCCAUGUGACCCAUUGACGCCAUCAUGUGAUCCUUCAUUAGUAUGCAGCUCAGACACAUAUAGAUGCGAGUGUCCAGAAGAUCAAGUACAAUACGGAGAUACGUGCUAUGGAACACGUGUCACUGAACCAUGCACAAACAGUCUAUCAACGUGCAGUGACAAUAAUUCUAUAUGUAAUGGCACAAUAUGCGUCUGUGAGCCAGGAUUCAUUUGGAAUGGUUCUCAUUGUCUUGGACCGAACCUAUGUGAUCCAUGCGAUCCUGCAACACUUUCGUGUGAUUCCAGUCUUGUGUGCAACCCGGAUACAUACAGAUGUGAAUGUCCGACAGAUCAAGUACAAUAUGGGGACAGUUGUUAUGGGACACGUGUAACAGAAGAAUGCACAACUGAGUUGAACACGUGUUCUGAUAACUACGCGGCAUGUAAUGGAACAAUAUGUGACUGUCUUCCAGGAUUUACGUGGAAUGGUACCCAUUGCCUUGGCAAUGAUCUCUGCGAUCCAUGUGAUCCUUCGACAUCUACAUGUAAUUCGCCGCUUGUAUGCAGUCCAACCACUCACACAUGUGAAUGCCCAUCUGACCAAGUUCAGAUUGGAGACAACUGCUUCGGAACACGUGUGACGGAGGUAUGUACACCUGUCUAUCCGACGUGCAUUGACGACAAUGCUGGUUGCAACGGAACGAUCUGUGACUGUUUACCCGGAUUCGUUUGGAACGGGUCAAUUUGUGUUGGAGAAGAUCCAUGUGACCCAUGUGAUCCUUCAACACCAUCGUGUGGACCAGGACUUGUGUGCAGUCCGGAUACAUACAGAUGUGAAUGUCCGACAGAUCGCGUACAAUAUGGAGAUGAAUGCUAUGGGACCCUCGUUACUGAGCCAUGCACAACUUUGUUGGAUACGUGUACCGACUGUUAUGCCAUUUGCAACGGAACAGUGUGUGACUGUAAACCAGGAUUUGUCUGGAAUGGUUCUAAAUGCGUUGGAGAAGACCUUUGUGAUCCAUGCGAUCCUGCAACACCAUCGUGUGACGCCAGUCUUGUUUGCAGUCCGUACACAUACAGAUGUGAAUGUCCGACAGAUCAAAUACAAUACGGAGAUGACUGCUAUGGGACACGUGUAACUGAACCAUGCACAACUAAAUUGGACACGUGCAUUGACAACUUUGCCGACUGUAACGGUACAAUAUGUGAUUGUAUCAUGGGAUACAUCUGGAACGGUUCUCGUUGUCUUGGAGAUGAUCUUUGUGACCCAUGUGAUCCGUCAACACCUUCGUGCGCAUCGGAUCUUGUAUGUAGCUCUGACACAUAUAGAUGUGAAUGUCCAGCAGAUCAAGUUCAAAUUGGAGACGAAUGUUAUGGAACGCUUGUAACUGAACGUUGUACCACUUCCCUACCCACUUGCGUCGACUUGUACGCUGAAUGUAACGGCACAGUCUGUGAUUGCCGAGAAGACUUUAUCUGGAAUGGUACACGUUGCCUUGGACCUGACCUUUGUGACCCCUGUGAUCCUGGAACAGAUUCAUGUGAUUCCAGCCUUGUGUGCAGCCCAUACACAUACAGAUGUGAAUGUCCAUCCGACCAAGUUCAGGUUGGAGAUGCAUGCUAUGGAACACGUGUGACGGAGGUGUGUACAAAUGUUAUCAAUACCUGUACAGACAAAUUUGCUGUAUGCAAUGGUACCGUUUGCGACUGCAAAGAUGGUUUCUUUUGGAAUGGUUCAAUAUGCGUCGGACAGUAUCUAUGUGACCCAUGUGAUCCUUCAACACCUUCGUGUGACUCCAGUCUUGUAUGCAGCCCGGAUACAUACAGAUGUGAAUGUCCAACAGACCAAGUACAGUAUGGGGAUAAUUGCUAUGGGACCCUUGUCACGGAGGUAUGUACAACACUGUUGGAUACAUGCACUGACAAGAAUGCUAAUUGUAAUGGGACUGUAUGUGAUUGUGUGGACGGAUUCUUUUGGAAUGGUUCAGUGUGCGUGGGAACUCAACCCUGUGAGCCAUGUGAUCCUUCAGACGAUACAUGUGCCUCACCACUUGUGUGUAGUUCAAACACUUACACGUGUGAAUGUCCGUCUGACCGAGUACAAAUUGGGAAUAACUGCUAUGGAACACGUGUUACCGAGGAUUGUACCAGUAUCCUGAAUACAUGUGUAGACGACUAUGCUGUAUGCAAUGGUACAAUUUGCGACUGUAUGGCUGGAUAUCAUUGGAAUGGGUCUCGAUGUCUUGGAUCCAAUCUCUGUGAUGCCUGCGAUCCAUCACAGAAUACUUGUGACUCCAGUCUUGUAUGCAGUUCAGACACUUACAGAUGUGAAUGUCCACCUGAGGAAGUUCAAAUUGGAGAUGAAUGCUAUGGAACACGCGUUUCCGAGCCGUGCACAACUUCCCUGCCGACCUGUGUUGAUAAUUUCGCAGAAUGCAAUGGUACAGUGUGUGACUGCGAACCGGGAUAUGUCUGGAACGGGACAUAUUGCCUUGGAGAAGACCUUUGCGACCCGUGUGACCCUUCAGACUCUACAUGUGGGCCUGGUCUUGUAUGCAGUUCAGACACAUAUAGAUGCGAAUGUCCAUCAGGUUUCGUGCAAUAUGGAAAUGCGUGUUAUGGGAGACGUGUGAACGAAGUAUGUACUACGGAGCGUGACACUUGUAUAGACGAUAAUGCAUUUUGUAAUGAUACAGUAUGCGGCUGUCUUCCCGGAUUUACCUGGACUGGAUUCUUCUGUGUUGCUGGCAAUGUUGGCGAACCAUGUUCUCCUGCAAACCCAUGCUCAGGAAACCUGGUGUGUCUAAACUCAUCAGUAUGUGGAUGCCCCGCCGAUCAAGUACAAAUUGAAGAUACAUGUUAUGGAACACUAGUGACUGAACCAUGCACAACUGCUCUUGACACGUGUGUUGACAAAUAUGCUGACUGCAAUGGCACUAUAUGUGACUGUGUGGAGGGCUUUGUCUGGAAUGGUUCAAUGUGUGGAGGACAAUUUCUUUGUGAACCAUGUGACCCGUUAUCAAAUACGUGUCUUCCGGAACUCGUUUGUAGUCCAGACACGUACAGAUGUGAGUGCCCAACAGAUCAAGCUCAAGUCGGAGACACAUGCGUUGGCACACGCGUGACAGAGGAGUGUUCAACUGUGAUUGACACAUGUGUUGACGAGUAUGCUAAUUGUAAUGGGACAGUCUGCGACUGUGUAGCAGGAUUCACGUGGAAUGGUUCCAGAUGUGUUGGACUAUUACUGUGUGAACCGUGUGAUCCUACCACCACACCUUCGUGUGACCCCAGUCUUGUGUGUAGUUCAGACACUUACAGAUGUGAAUGUCCAUCUGACCAAGUGCAAAUUUCUGAUGCAUGCUAUGGAACACGUGUAACUGAGCCAUGCACGGCCAAUCUCGAUACAUGCACAGACGAUAAUGCCGGAUGUAAUGGUACAGUCUGUGACUGUGACCCUGGAUUUUCUUGGAAUGGUCUGAUUUGCGUUGGAACAGAUUUGUGUGAGCCCUGUGACCCGUCAGAUUCUACUUGUAGUUCUCCACUUGUAUGCAGCAAUUCUACAUCUAGAUGCGAAUGUCCCCCUGAUCAAGUACAAAUUGGAGAUGAUUGCUAUGGUACACUUGUCACUGAACCGUGCACAAGUUCAUUGGACACGUGUGUUGACAAACAGGCCGCGUGCAAUGGUACUGUAUGUGACUGUGUAGCAGGAUUCAUAUGGAAUGGAUCAAAAUGUGUUGGAGAAGACCUUUGCGAUCCCUGUGAUCCUUUAACACCUUCAUGUGACGGCAGUCUUGUGUGCAGCGCGGACACAUACAGGUGUGAAUGUCCAUCGGGCCAAGUACAGUAUGGAGAUGCAUGCUAUGGAAAACUUGUUACCGAGGUAUGCACAACACUGUUGGACACGUGUAUUGAUGACUAUGCAGAAUGUAAUGGAACGGUUUGUGAUUGUAUGGCAGGUUUUGUCUGGAAUGGUUCAUAUUGCGGUGGGACUGACCUGUGUGACCCGUGUGAUCCUUACACACUUUCAUGUGAUCCCAGUCUUGUUUGCAGCCCGAACACAUACAGAUGUGAAUGUCCAACAGGCGAAGUACAAAUCGACGGCAGCUGCUAUGGAAGACUUGUAACGGAAGUAUGCACGCCUGGUACGGACACCUGUAUUGAUGAUAAUGCUGAGUGCAAUGGUACAAUUUGCGACUGUAUACCUGGAUUCUUCUGGAAUGGUUCUAGCUGCGGCGGACAGUACCUAUGUGAACCAUGUGAUCCUUCCGCAUCUACGUGUGACUCCAGUCUUGUGUGUAGCCCAUUAACAUACAGAUGUGAAUGUCCGUCGGACCAAGUUCAGUAUGGAAAUGCAUGCUAUGGGACUCUUGUGACUGAGCCAUGCACAACAAGUCUUCCAACGUGUGUUGACAAAUAUGCCGAGUGUAACGGAACAAUAUGUGACUGUGUACCAGACUUUAUAUGGAAUGGUUCCAGAUGUGUUGGACCUAAAUUAGGCGACCCAUGUGAUCCUUCGACACCGUCAUGCGAAUCAGGUCUCGUGUGCAGUCCAAAUUCAUACGUAUGUGAAUGUCCGUCGAAUCAAGUACAGAUAGGAGACAACUGCUAUGGUACGCUGGUAACUGAAUCAUGUACAACUUUCUUGGAUACUUGUAUUGAUGAUUUUGCUGGAUGCAAUGGCACAGUUUGCGACUGUCUUGCCGGAUACGCAUGGAAUGGUUCCAAAUGUGUCGGAGACGAACUAUGUGAUCCAUGUGAUCCAUCAACAUUGCCAUGUGUAUCGCCGUUGGUGUGCAGCACGGAAUCAUACCAUUGUGAAUGUCCAGCUGGUCAAGUACAGAUUGAUGGCGCAUGCUACGGGACACUUGUAACGGAAGCAUGUACAACAGCACUGGACUCUUGUACCGACCAUUAUGCUGAAUGCAAUGGCACAAUAUGUGAUUGUGAACCUGGAUUUGUUUAUAAUGGCUCUAUCUGCCUUGGACAUGAUUUGUGUCACCCAUGUGACCCAUCAACUUCUUCGUGUGACCCCGGUCUUGUGUGUAGUUCCGACACAUACAGAUGUGAAUGUCCACAGGGCUUUGUACAAGUUAGCGACGCUUGCUAUGGGAGACUUGUAACAGAAGUUUGUACAAAUUCCCCCGACACGUGUAUUGAUGACAAUGCUGGAUGUAACGGCACGAUCUGUGAUUGCUUAGCUGGAUAUAUUUGGAACGGAUCAAAAUGUGUUGGUUCCGACUUGGGUGCUCCAUGUGAUCCUUCAACGCCUUCGUGUCUAUCCCCGCUUGUGUGCAACCCGACCACAUAUGUUUGUGAAUGUCCAUCUGGUCAAGUUCAAGUCGGUGACGUGUGCGUCGGCACCCUUGUAACGGAGGUUUGCACGGUAAUACUGGACACUUGCGUUGACGAUAAUGCCGGUUGCAAUGGAACAGUGUGUGACUGUGAUCCGGGCUUUCAUUGGAACGGCUCUUUAUGCGUUGGUAUGAAUCCUUGUGAGCCAUGUGACCCUUCAACGCUUCCUUGUGGACCUGGUUUGGUUUGUGGUCCAGACACCUACAGAUGUGAAUGUCCAUCUGACCGAGUUCAGAUAGGAGAUGCUUGCUAUGGGACACUGGUCACUGAAGAAUGUACAACGUCUUUGCCUACAUGUGUAGAUGACUAUGCCGAAUGUAAUGGAACAGUGUGCGACUGUUUGCCAGAUUUCAUUUGGAACGGAUCUAGUUGUGUUGGAUUCGAUCUCUGUCAUCCGUGCGAUCCUUCGGCAUCUACUUGUCAAGGUAACCUGGUAUGCAGUUCAAACACGUACAGGUGUCAAUGCCCACCAGACGAAGUUCAAAUCGGAAACGAUUGCUAUGGUACCCAUGUUACUGAUUCAUGUACGCCAACAUUGGACACGUGCAUAGAUAAAUUUGCUGAAUGCAACGGCACAGUAUGUGAUUGUAAGGAGGACUUUAUCUGGAAUGGUUCAAUAUGUGUUGGGCAUUGGCUUUGUCACCCAUGUGACCCUUCAACAACUUCAUGUGACUCCAGUCUUGAAUGCAGUCCGGAUACAUACAGAUGCGAAUGUCCGUCUGGCCAAGUACAAAUUGGAGAUGGUUGCUAUGGAACACGAGUGACUGAGGUGUGCACUACUGUUGUAGACACGUGUGUUGAUAUAUAUGCUGCAUGCAACGGAACUAUUUGCGACUGUAUAGCGGGUUUUAUCUGGAACGGAUCUAAAUGUCUUGGAGAAGAUCUGUGUAAUCCAUGCAAUCCCUUAAUGCCUACGUGUGGACCAGGCCUCGUUUGCAACCCGAACACAUACAGAUGUGAAUGUCCGACGGAUCAAGUACAAGUGGGAGAAAACUGCUAUGGAACCCGUGUAACUGAACCGUGCACACUCAAUCCCGACACAUGCACCGACAAAAACGCGGACUGUAAUGGGACAAUAUGUGACUGUUUACCAGGAUUUAUUUGGAAUGACACAAUUUGUGUUGGAUUUGAACUGUGUGAUCCAUGUGACCCUUCAACACUUCCAUGUGGAUCUGGUCUCGUAUGCGACCCAGACACAUACAGAUGUGAAUGUCCAUCUGACCGAGUUCAGAUAGCAGGUGCCUGUUAUGGAACACUUGUGACUCAGCCAUGUACACAGGGUUUGAACACAUGUAUUGACAAUUAUGCUGAAUGCAACGGCACUAUUUGUGAUUGUAUAGCAGGAUUCAUAUGGAAUGGUUCCUUUUGUGUUAGUUCCAGCAUUUGUGACCCAUGUGAUCCUAACACACUGUCAUGUGAACAAGGCCUAGUAUGUAGCAGUAACACAUACAGAUGUGAAUGUCCGUCUGGAUAUGUUCAGAUCGAAGAUCAGUGCUAUGGCAGACUUAUAGGAGAAGAUUGUACAACAGCACUAGAUACAUGUAUUGAUGACAAUGCUGAGUGUAAUGGAGGGACCUGCGCCUGUUCGUCACCAUUCACGUAUAAUGCUACACUAGAUAAAUGCGUUGGACCUAACUUGGACGACCCUUGUGACGCCAAUUCAUGUGGCCCUGGACUCGCUUGUGGCUCCACUAGUCAGAGAUGUGAAUGCGAAACCCCACCGGUCCAAAUUGACCACGUGUGCUAUGGUACACGCAUUGGUGACAACUGCACAUCUGUCGCUGACUCGUGCAUUGAUGACAAUGCUGAAUGCUCGGCUGGAGUGUGCUCAUGUAUACCCGAUUUUACGUUCAACGGUUAUAUAUGCGUUGGCGAUGAGCUUGAUGACCCAUGUGAUAACUCUAGCAGUUCAUGUAGCGGAAAUGGUCUGGUUUGCGGCCCCGGGGGAAAGUGUGAAUGUCCUGAUGGCGAAGUACAAGUUAACAAUACUUGUUACUCUCUUAUCUGCGGUAAUUGUACAUCUGAUGACGAUUGCCUCGGUGCUAACCAAGUUUGUAUUCACUCAGAAUGCCGGUGUGACACAAAUUAUUACCUUGACAACUGUAGCAUCUGUCAGCCAAAAGGGACCGGUUCAUGCGAAGCAGAUGAACAAUGUGUUUCUGGUAUAUGCGCAUGUGGCGCAUGCGUAGAUUCUCUUGACGACGACUGUUGCGAAGAUUGUGAAGAUCUGGAGGCAGACAUUAUAAUCAUCACAGAUGCUUCUGGUACUUCUACAACAUUCCCCAAAAUUCAAGGUUUUGCAAAUACUCUUGUCAAUGCAUUUCUCGUGUCUCCGACGGAUAUCCAGAUUGGAAUUGUCGAUUUUGCGGGUGGUAUCGACUCUGGAGAUACAUUCAACAUGGAUGUAGAGACAAAUAAUUUUGACGUCACCCAAAGGGUUGUAAUCAACAACCGCAACGGUGGAAGAAGAAGGACACAUCUUGGUCUAGAAAAAGCGACAGAAUUUUUUCAGUCGGGAGCAAACCGGGCCGGAGUACCUGACUACGCCAUUCUACUCACAGACGGAGACACGUAUUCAUCCAGUUCUGACUUUAACGCUGCCAUUACUGAUUUACAUGCCAUUUCGGGCAUAGAGGUAUUUGCUGUUGGAAUCGACGGCCUAGCACCGCUCAGUGAAUUACAGGCAGUUGCUACUGACAACGCUUUCGCAUUUUCUGAUGACACUUUGACAGCACUCAACACAAUAGUGACGGAAAUCAUUGAUAACUCUUGUAGUGAUGAUUAAAAGAAGAAAAGGGAUAUGUAAUGACGACAAUGCACAGGCAUACCGUGACCCAACAACAAACAAAUGACUCAUUUUAGUAUAUAUUGCUAAUUUUGACAAAAACUUAUACUGUGUAAAAAGUUAUCGUGACAGUUUUGUUUAAACUUUACGUUUCAGUUUAUCUUUAUCUUAAAUAUCACUUACAGCUGUGA